AUGAAGCUCCGCAGUAAGGCGGCAGCGCUGCUUCUGCUGGCGCUGGCCGUGCUGCUGCUGGCGCUGCUGUCCUUGCGCGCCCGCCGCGACCCGGAGCCCCCCGGGUUCCCCGCGCGCCCCGAGGCUGCCCCUCAGCGCCGCCACGCGCCGGUCCCCACGCGCCCUCCGGAGCCCCACGCCUUCCCCGGGGUCGCCGGCCGACGCUCCCCUAGGCGCGGGCCACCGCGUCCGCGCCCCCGAGCCGGCCGCCCGCGCGCCGCCAGCCGCGAGAAGUUGGCGAGGAGGCCUGGGGAAAUUAGGAGUUUGCACUUGGUGCCGCCCGAGCUCUGGAUUCACCUGGCUGUGGUGGCCUGCGGCAAUCGGUUGGAGGAGACGCUGGUCAUGCUCAAGUCAGCCGUCCUCUUCAGCCACAGGAAGAUGUGUUUUCACAUCUUCACGGAGGAUGCUCUGAAGCCCGAGUUUGAUAAACAGUUGCGCCAGUGGCCCGACUCAUAUACAAAGAAGUUUGAGCACAGAAUCUACCCCAUCACAUUUUCUGUUGGAAACCCUCAGGAAUGGAAGAAAUUAUUCAAACCCUGUGCCGCCCAGAGACUCUUCCUUCCGGUGAUCUUAAAGGAUGUGGACUCACUCCUCUACGUGGACACCGACGUCCUCUUUCUGAGGCCCGUGGAUGAUAUCUGGAAGCUUCUGAGGCAGUUUAACUCCACCCAGCUCGCCGCUAUGGCCCCAGAGCAUGAAAUCCCCAAGAUAGGCUGGUACAGCCGCUUUGCUCGGCACCCUUUCUACGGCUCUACAGGGGUUAAUUCAGGGGUCAUGCUCAUGAACUUGACUCGCAUAAGAAGUACCCAGUUCAAGAACAGCCUGAUUCCAGCAGGCCUGGCUUGGGAGGACAUGCUGCUCCCACUGUACCAGAAGUAUAAGAAUGCCAUCACAUGGGGAGACCAGGACUUAUUAAAUAUUAUUUUCUAUUUCAACCCAGAGUAUCUCUACGUGUUCCCCUGCCAGUGGAACUACCGCCCCGACCACUGCAUGUACGGAAGCAACUGCAAAGAGGCGGAGCGGGAAGGUGUGUCUGUUCUGCACGGCAACCGAGGCGUCUACCAUGACGAUAAGCAGCCCACUUUCCGAGCCCUUUAUGAAGCAAUCCGGGAUUUCCCCUUUCAAGACAAUCUUUUUCAGUCCAUGUACUACCCUCUCCAGCUGAAGUUUUUGGAGACAGUGCACACGCUGUGUGGACGGAUCCCCCAGGUGUUUCUGAAGCAGAUUGAGAAAACGAUGAGAAGGGCAUACGAGAAGCACGUCAUCAUCCACAUGGGCCCCAACUCCAUGAGCUGAGUGUCUACCGUGCUUGAGUCAGCCUGGUGUCAGUGACUAAGGGCGUGGAUCCUUUCGCUUCCCUGAUGUGUGUGUGUGUGUGUGUGUGUG